AUGUCAAUUAGAAAUGUUGUAAGAUAUUCAAGAUUUAGGUCUGCAAAUGCACUGUAUACCAUGAUUAACCAUUCUAAAUUUAAUAAGAAAAAUUUUCAUAGUAACCUUACUAAUGCACCUUUCGAUUUAGAAGACGCAGAUGAUAAAUAUAAAGAAUUGAAUAACAUGUAUGCGAAUAUGUUUACGAGAAAUCCAAAUGAUGAGAAAUCUGUUUUAAAGGAUAAUGAAGAGAUAUAUAAGUCUGAAUUGGAUGAAUUGAAUGAAGAAUUUGAUAAUUUAACUACUUUUUCCGUCUUGGAUAAUAAAUUAUUCGAACAGAUUAUCUCAAAUCCAGGGAGGUUUGUAAUUCAAAGUUUAUCCAGUAAUCCGUAUUAUAAUCUUGCACUAGAAGAUUAUAUCUUUAGACAUACUCCAUUUGAUGCAAUGAAACCGUUUUACUCAGAGAGAUUACUCUUUUAUAUUAAUCGUAAAUGUGCAGUUAUUGGUAGGAAUCAGGUUAUAUGGAGAGAGUUAUAUGUGAAAGAAUUAGAGAGAAGAGGAUAUGAAAUAUUAAGAAGAUUUUCAGGCGGUGGCUCAGUGAUUCAUGAUCUCGGGAAUGUUAAUUUUUCAUUCCUUACAAGUCGGUCUAAUUUUGAUACAUCUUUUUUUACUAAUCUUAUUGUAGAAUGGUUAAACUUUAAUUAUCAGUGUAAUGGUGACUACAAAUUAACCAAAAGAGGAGAUAUCUUAUAUAAAGGUAAAAAGUGUAGUGGAAGUGCAUUUAAAAUAUCAAAAGGUAAAGCAUAUCAUCAUGGCACUAUGCUUGUAGAUUCUCAAAUUAAUGCUUUUUCUGGUCUAUUGAAACCAAAGGAGUUACCUGGAAUCAAAUGGGAUAGUCCUAGUGUUGAAAGUGUACGAUCAAGUAUUUCUAAUAUUUCCAUAAAUGAUGUCAAUGAAUUUAUCAGAAUAUGUAAAGAUGGUUUCUCAAAGUAUUAUGGUAUAAAAGGAAGGAAUUCAAUACCAGUAUAUUACUGCAAUGAUUAUGAAACAAUUAAUGAAGAAAUUAAAAAUACAAUGAACAAAUUGAAAAGCCAUAAAUGGAAGUAUGAUGCAGGACCUAAAUUUAAAGUUCAUUUAUCAGAACCACUAAAGCAUAAAACUAUUGAAGUGGAACAUGGCCGUAUCGUAUGUUGUACCGAUAAAAAUAUCAUUGGAAUGAGUUUUGAACAAUAUGCUCGAAAUUAUUUAGAAUAA